CGGGACGGAUCCACGAAGAUGCGCACCACGCUCUCGCAGCCUGGGAGGAGCUUGAAAUAUUCUCCCUUUACUUCACGCCGCCGUCGAGUGAAGACUCGCUUUGGAGAGGAGAUAUAAGAAGAAAGAAUCAAGCUGGGCCUGGCUUCCUCUCGGGUGUUUGCACACAGCCCGGAGUAGAAAUGAGUCCCCGGGAGUCGUCCAACAGCACGGGAUGGGACCCCGACGAAACGGACGUGUGGAACCAGGCGAAUGGGAGCGUGGAUUCCAACCUGCACGGAUUCCACAUAGACGUCACCAAGCACAUCGGGGUGCAGAUCACCCUGAUUGCGGCCUAUUCCUUAAUCAUCCUGCUGGGCCUGCUGGGGAACGCUCUGGUGGUCUACAUGAUCAUCCGCUACAGGAACAUGCGCACGGUCACCAACUUCUUCAUAGCCAACUUGGCGCUGGCCGACCUCCUGGUGGACACCCUGUGCCUGCCCUUCACGCUGGUCUACACCCUGCUGGACGAGUGGAAGUUCGGCGCCGUGCUGUGCCACAUGGUGCCCUUCGCCCAGGCACUGAGCGUGUACGUGUCCAUCCUGACCAUGACCGUCAUCGCCCUGGAGCGCUACCGCUGCAUCGUUUUCCACCUGGGUCAGCGCCUGACCUGGCACUCCAGCUUUCUCAUCAUGGCGUUCACGUGGACUACCUCGGCGGUGCUGGCGGCGCCCCUGGCCAUCUUCCGAGAGUACCGGCAAGAAGAGAUCCCCUCCAUUAAUCUGCACAUCCUAGUGUGCUCCGAGAAGUGGCCGCACGUCACCAGCAGCGUCAUAUACAGCCUCUCCAUGCUGCUCCUGCAGUACAUCAGCCCUUUAGCCAUCAUCAGUUACGCUUACAUUUGCAUCUGGGUCAAGCUGAAGAACCACAUUAGCCCGUCUACACGCAACGAUAGCAUCGCUCGGCGUAAAAAGACCACCAAAAUGUUGGCGCUGGUGGUGGUGGUGUUUGCAAUCUGCUGGCUGCCCUUCCAUGUGUUCCAGUUGGCCAGCGAUCUGGACCUGGUGCUCAGGUUAGAGGAGUACAAACUGAUAUACACCGUCUUCCAUAUCGUGGCCAUGUGUUCCACUUGCACCAACCCGCUGCUGUACGGAUGGAUGAAUAAAAACUACAGAAAUGGCUUCCUAAUGGUCUUCCGCUGCCAGGAUAAGCCAGAUUCUUUCCACCCCGAGGGCUCCUUCCGGACUCGCUCCACCAGGCGGUUAACGCUCAACGGCCGCAACGGCGGACACCCACCCACUGCGGUGUGAGACGCCUGCAUGAAGACAUUUGAAAAUGUUGCUUUUUUUUCCUCGGCACAAAGUAGGGAUGGACUAAAGUUCCUCGGAAAUGAUUUUAUCAAUUAAUCCACAGGUGUCAAACUCAAGCAUACUUGCCAACCCUCCCGAAUUUCCCGGGAGACUCCCGAAAUUCAGCGCCUCUCGCGAAAACCUCCCGGGACAAAUAUUCUCCCGAAAAUCUCCCGAUUUUCAGCCGAGGCUGGAGGCCACGCCCCCUCCAGCUCCAUGCGGACCUGAGUGAGGACAGCCUUUUUUCACGACGGGAGAACAACAGGGUGACAAGAAAUAAAUCAUCCAGACUAGAGAUAAAUUGUAUUAUUAUGUUUAUCUUACCUAAAAAUAAAUAUAUUUAUUAAUAAAAAAUAAA